AUGGAUGCACCAAUAUAUUACUCGACGGCGGAGUAUAUCGAGACUGACACAGGGAAUAAAGUCUCUCGGCGCGCUGCGAUUUCGGGUCCGCAAAAUAUCAUCCUCGGUGGCAAGACCAUAAUAUCUAGUGGCGCUAUCAUACGAGGAGACCUCAAGCGUGCUGGGCCAGGUCAUUCUGUAGUGAUCUCCCUGGGUCGCUAUUGCCUCGUCGCUGAAAACUGCAUCAUGAGGCCACCUUACAAGACCUACCGUGGCGCGUUCAACUACUAUCCGAUGAAGAUUGGUGAUCAUGUUCAUAUUGGCGCCGGUUCGGUCGUUGAAGCCGCAACCGUCGGCAACCACGUCUUCAUUGGCAAGAACUGCGUUAUCGGCAAGUUUACCAUCAUCAAGGACUGCGCCAAGAUCUCGGACGGUGCUAUUGUACCGCCCAAUACGGUCGUACCUGCACACGCGCACUUCGCGGGGAACCCGGCGAGGUUCGUCGAGGAUUUGCCCGAGAGCACGCAAGAAAUUGUUGAGGCAAGGACAAAGACGUACUAUGGUCGUUUCCAGCCUAUGCCGCGAUGA